AUCGCAUGCCACCUCGACCCCAUUUCCCUCCCCUAUUAGACCUUCCUCCGCUCCGCCACUCCUAAACCCUAACCCCUUCUCGUAAUCCCCUUCUCCCGAUCCAUCCCCGAGACCCGGGAGAGAUCGAAACCCCGAUGGCGUCCAAUCCCAACAGAUCCUCCUCCUCCUCCGCCUUCGAUCAGCUCGUCCUCCAAAGCCUCAUGGGCCGCCUCCAGCUCCGCCCCCCGUACCUCGACACCAACUCCUUCCUCUCCCACAGCCUCGACGACUUCCUCCUCCGCGAACAGCUCCGUACCGAUGGCGACGACGAUGAAGACACCGAGGAGGAGGAGGAUGACCAGCUCAAUGCCUUCUUCGGCGACGGCGCGAGGCAUCGGCGGCUCCUCGCCAAGGAGGAGGCCCGACUGGAGAAAGAAAUCAUCAAAAUUGUCCACUCCGCCAAUGCCAAGGAGAAGCUCAAGGCCAAUUCCGGACAGUCGGUGGCCAUCGGGGACCACAACAUCUGCGUCGGUGCCCACGAGGAGCCGGGGUCCGAGUAUCGGGUCUGGGAGUGGCAUGGCCAUAUCAUGCUGUUCGACGAGGAGAACGGCUACUCGGCCGAGUACAUCUACGGGAACUACUUCGAGAAGCUGCCGGACAAGAAGGGAGGAAGCAAGGAAGAGGAGGACAAGGAGGGGACAAAGGUCAAGGCUGGGGCAAAUUCUGGACUAAGAGAUCUGAUUGGAGACUCGAAGGAUUCUUCCACUGGGAAUGGAGGAGGGAGGGUGCUCCACCGGAACUCUCUGAAUUCCGGGUCGUUGACGAGGUAAUGGCCUAAUGGGUGGUAUCUGUUAUGUCGCGCAGGUGAUGGAGUUUGGAAAGAAUAUACAGUCAUCCAUAGUUUUUAUAUCCGGAUGUUCUUCUCUAUCGGUUGCAUACUAAACUUGAUCCAUAUCUGGACUGUCUUCUAAUAAUGAUAAAAUAUUCUGGAUUUGGAAGCUACUCUCAUGGUCAUAAUGGUGAAUAUUUAAGAUAUGUGGUUGUCGUGUGUUUAUUCUUUUGCAUUCUUGAUCAAUGUGAGCUUUCAUUCCAUUUUAUUGGUCAAUUCAAAUGAGUUUGUAAGCUUGUAGCCGGAUGAAACAUGUUAAAUUGCUUCUGAUGG